AAACGCAUCGAUGCCGUCCUUGCUGCUCUAGAACCAGAAAUGUCGCGGUCAUUUUGUGGAAACCUUGUUGCUAAUAAACGCGUUUCCAUUAUCCAAGAGAAUGGCGAUAAUUGCCUCGUAGAUCGCAAGUCAUUCAAGGUUGAACCGGGACAGCAGCUUAUUAUUUCCUUACCACGGGAGGAAGGGGCUUCCGAAAUCAUUGCCCAGGACCUACCUCUGGACAUAAUUUUCGAAGACGAGCACAUGAUUGUUAUUAACAAGGCUGCCAACAUGGUGGUACACCCAGCUGCGGGGAACUGGGAUGGAACAGUGGUAAACGCCCUUGCCUACUAUCUUGCCAAUAGGAGCGAGAGUAUAUCAUUCCGACCCGGGAUAGUACACCGUCUUGACAAAGGAACGACAGGAGUAUUGGUGGUCGCGAAAACAUCACAGACACUUGCAACCUUGUCAAACUUUUUCGCAGCACGUCAAGUUAAGAAAACGUAUAUGGCAAUCACGGUCGGAAACCCUGGGAAGCAUGUGGUGAUUGAUAAGCCCAUUGGUCGGCAUCCUCUUCACCGGCAACGGAUGAGGGUAGUCCCUGACCCUCACCAAAAGAACAGCACUGGACGACGGGCUCUUUCCUAUGUCGAUACGUUGGCGUUUGAUGGGAAACUGAGUUUGGUCCAAGUACGCAUUGAGACAGGGCGCACGCAUCAGAUUCGUGUCCAUCUUCAGGAUCGCCACACUCCAAUUUACGGCGACGAUAUUUAUGGACUAGCGGACUGGAACAAAAAACUUUCCAAAACACAUCGAAUCGUUAGACCGUUAUUGCAUGCUUACAAGCUAGAGAUCAAUCACCCCGUCACCGGAGAACCAAUGGUCUUCAAGGCAUCGCUGGCGGACGACAUGAAGCGAAUUACCACGACUAUCUAUCCUGAUUCCGAAAAGGAGAUCCCUGACCUAUUCCACGGGAAUACGAUAUCAAAUGCCGCUUAG